CUGUUUUGUGAUGUUGCUGCCUCAGGGCCCUGGCGUUACAGAUGAUUAGGGGAGACAGAUCCUGUAUUUCCUGUCAGGGAAAACUCAGGCCUCAAACAACCUCUACGUCCGGCGUAGAGAUGAUCAGCGUGGGAGUUGGCACAGAGCCGAUCCGCCAGGGCUUUGGCCCCAGGUGGGAAGUGGAGACUGAUGAGGUGGUCCUGCGCCGGCGGCAGAAGCAGAUCGACUACGGGAAGUGUACAGUUGGCUACCAACGCUUCCUGCAGCAGGUCCCCAAGAGAGCUCGGCAUCCGGGGGUCCACCCGCGUACCCCCAACAAGCACCGGAGGUACAGUCGCCGCUCCUGGGACGCCCAGAUCAGGCGGUGGAGACGGGCCUUACACGCCUGGGACCCCCCUGACCCAUCACACCUGCUGGACCCGGACCCCCUGUGGGCUGUUUGCCUCGGCCUCCCAUGGCAAACAGAGGACCUGUCGGAGGUGACGGAUUCGGGCUUCUCGUAUGGCCACUCCGAAGACUGGUUUGGGUUCCAGCCACCCCCGAAGGACCUGACUCUGGACCAACUAACGGCCCAGCUUGAUGGAGUACUGCCUCCCGUUCCCUUCUUUCCCUGGCUGGAACAGGCUCACCCUUUCCCGUGGAUGCCCUCUCGGAGGGUCCCCGACUCCGAGCCAGGCUCCUGGCCGGAACUUAAAGGGUUCAGACCUGUAGCUGAAUAG